AUGACGACAUGCGGAAAUAUUUGCCGUGUUUGUAGCAGCCCCGCCAAAUAUAAUAUCUUUGAAAAGAUACCUGAAUAUCUACACGGUUCGACAAAUGAGUUUCUGAAUUAUGAGAAGCCCAUAAACAUUUUGCUCGAAGAAACAACAGGACUGAAUAACUCUCCCGCAGAUGGACUGCCGUUACAUAUAUGCGCUCUAUGCAUAUCCUACUUGAAACAUGCCGUUACAUUUCGUGAGCAGUGUAUUAAGAAUGCGCUUAAUUUAAAGCUAGUCGCGGCUGAUCAACAAAGAUUGAACAGCCGUAUUAGCAUUAAGAGCGUCAGCAACAAGGAGAGGGCGGAUCAGCUGCGCGACGUGCAGCGACCCGUCGACAAUUUGCUGUUGAACAAUCUCAGCGCACAUCCAGAAGCAACAGAGAAAGUGCAGAAGAAACUGUUAAGCCAAGUGGCACCCCAAAGUGGCAAGAAACGUUUUGGCGAACUUUUUCACAAUGAGACGCAGGAUAAAAUGGAGCUGCCUGCAUCAAGCGGAGGUACUGGCGCUGCUAAGGACGAAGACUCCAGCGAUGAUAAGGAAGUGAAUAACUACAGUGGAAUCAAUUGUGCAUGCGCCAAACGCUAUAUGCACGAGAACAUACAUCAAAAUCAUAUCAACAACUGUGUGGAAUAUCAAUUCAUUUGCUUUAUAGCUGAAGUGACAGAGCUGGUGGAGAUCAGGCAGCAGAAAAAUGUUUCAUCACACGAGUUCAUUAGGCGCAUGAUUUUUGCUUUUUGCAAGAUUUGCAACUGGUUGCAGGAUCAUGCAAUAGAUACGCAGCUGGCUGACAAGCUAAAUGAGACGGAAGCUGCUGAAGGGGCAGCUCAAACUGCUGCAAGCAGCUGGAACACGCUACUGUCGUCAGAGCUGCAUGAGCCAUUCAAUAGUAGACCAACUACACCCAUGACAGUCGAGAACAAUGUGUUAUACCCAAUAGAGCGCUCCGAGAGUAGCAAUGCUCAGCAGAUACCGUCUUUAUCUUUAGCAGGCCCAGUCUUCCAUGAGCGUGCCACAUUCUUGAAAAUGUUGCAACGUGCCACGGUGCAACCAUCAGCUGUAUCGAUGCCUUUUUCGGCGGCACGCUGCAAUCAAUGCAAUGUGCUGUUCGACUGGCUGAGCGAACUGGAGCGACACAAUGGGACAUAUCACAAUAGCCAAGGCCAUGUCAAAGAUCUUGACGCUGAAAGACGUAGGAGCAUAGUUGCUUUAUUCGAUGAUGACUUAUAA